UGCAGCUUUUUUUUUACGGAAGGUUCGUGUUGAGAGCCUGAUGGUUCUCAGCUCGCCACGUGCUGAAGAGAGGUGUGGCCAGCCGACAGUUUUUCUGAGCCAGAUGCUGUGUGGCGAAAAAGGCAGGUGGCCGGCUUUAUGCAGCAGCCUUUGUGCAGGUCUUUUGUUGCGGUUGUGGCGAUGUCCACGAAGUCGUUUGGGGCAGACCUGGAAGCAGUUGAGUGUCAUUCGACCGCUUCACGGUCUACCCCAAAGUUGAGGCUGGUGAUGCACACAUUUUCGCUGCUAUGGGCAAUGCAAAGAUGCAGCUUGCACCAGGCCCAGCGUUUGGGUUUGCUUCCAAUGCGCGAGGCAAUCAAGAAGGAGAAACCCAACAAGGUGUCGUGCGAUGCAGAUGAGCUGGACAUCUACAGCCUGCAUGACAGUUUGGCUGUUGUCUUCCAGUAUCCACCGCACGAUCCCUUGAUUGACAUUUACAGUCAAAGUCAACAGGAGGAGCCGUUGAUUGUGCCAGCAACUUCUUUGCUAGUUGCAAUGGCUUCAAUGACCCGCCAGUUCGUGUUUAGUUCAGCCUUCAACUGCGCUUUUGGUGCAGGAUGGAAAGUGGAUUAGGGAAGAAAAGAUGUCGGCAAGCCUUCGGGACAUGUCCGAGCCCGGCGCUUGGCGUUUUGUUUUGAGCAGCUUUUGCAAUGCUUCGGUUCAGAUUGAUGUCAUUGUUUACAACUUUCUGAUGUAUUUUUGUUCUUUUGCCCGUUAAGAAGUAGUAGAAGGGUAAAAGGGCCAGCUGCAAGAGGCUUGGAUGCUCGCAGCUCAAGGAACAGAUGCAAUGGUUUUCCUGAAUGGGGCCCUCUUACUGGCUGCCCUUCCGGCUUAUGCCCCGCUAAGAGAGCGGCACCAGCAGCGAAAUUGUAUGCCACUCAUUGACAGCGGCUUCGCACCACCUAGCAGGGAACGACUGUGGCUGGGUCUUGAGACUUGUGUUGUCACGGAAUGCUUGGUGGGAAUCGUGGCACAAGCGAAAUUGUUUCUUGGACAGGAUCAUUCACAGCCAGACGGCAGUUGUCUGUGGUGAAUCUACGGCGGAGUUAUGCAGCAGAGGUCAAAGUGCUGACGAGUUUGGACGGGAAAUUUGAAGAAGCUGCUUGGAUGACUUGGGCGCCAGAUAUCUCCGGCCAUGAGCCAAGUUUUGAAGAGACAAUCAUGUUAGCUGCUGCAGCAAAAAGCAGUGAAAGUUCUGAUGCGAGGGGCCAAGCCUUGGGGUUACUUUGGAUGCUGCGUGAGCCGUGUGCGCCCCCAGUGCUCUUUCAUGGGCGCUAUGAUGCUUCGCAAGCAGUGUCUUUGGGCCAUAGCCUUGUUGCAGAGCCGUUUUUGGAUGCAAUUGUUGCUGGAGAUUUGCCAGCAUCGACUCUUGCCGUGCGUUGCCUGGGUGGACUUUUUCAGUGCUUGCUGCAAAACCAACGAUGCAACAGUGAGUGGAGUAUGUGGCCAAGCUUGGCAAAGCUCAGCGCGCCGCGGAAGAAACGGUGAAGGGAUGACUUGCGAAGCCACCUGUGAAAGAGAUGCAGAGCAGGA